AUAACGCGUGAAAAGAUGAGUAAAAAUUACGGUGUGGUAGUACAACAAAACCUAUUUCAGCGCUUAGCCGCUUAAUUAUCUGAUGACGUGAUAAGAUGAUUGCAUAAUUCGUUCUUAUCUGUUGCAAACGAUAAAAACAAAGAAUGAGCUGCUGUUGUAGUACAGACGAAAGCCGCACAAUGGCAAGUGACAUACCGAAGGUAGAAAGCUUAAUAAAUGAAGCCGAGAAAGCUUUUACAGAAAAAUUCAAAAGUAAGCCGGACGUGGUGGUAUUUGCACCCGGAAGAGUGAACUUAAUAGGCGAACACACCGAUUAUAACGAUGGUUUCGUUUUGCCUAUGGCUUUACCUCUGGUGACAGUUGUGGUAGGAAGCAAGAACAAUACUGAUACCUGCCAUGUCUUGACAACUAACCAGCAAUGUGAUGCACCAAAAGAAACUGAUUUUCUUAUUCCGUCUAAGCAGUCUCUUCAGCCAGGGUCACCUAAAUGGGCUAAUUAUGUUAAAGGAGUUGUUCAGAAUUUUAAAGGUGCAGUCCCAGGCUUUAAUGCUGUAAUUUCUUCAAGUGUUCCACUUGGCGGAGGUGUUUCAAGCAGUGCUGCUCUAGAGGUUGGAGUUUAUACAUUUCUGGAGGCACUUACAGGACAGAAAACAAACCUCCAAGACAAGGCAUUAGCAUGUCAGAAAGCUGAACAUACAUUUGCAAACAUGCCUUGUGGCAUUAUGGACCAGUUUAUUUCAGUGAUGGCCAAAGAAGGCAGUGCCUUACUUAUUGAUUGCAGAUCAAUGGAAGCAACUAUAGUUCCUAUCAAUGAUCCAAAAAUUGUUAUUUUAAUAACAAACUCAAAUGUUCGGCAUGAACUGACUGGUAGUGAGUAUCCAACUAGAAGGAAGCAGUGUGAAGAAGCUGCAAAACUGCUUGGAAAGAAAAGCCUGAGAGAUGCUAAAUUAAGUGACAUUGAAGUGCUACAGCAGAAAAAGGUUGAUGAAGAUAUUGUGCGUCGUGCCAGACAUGUCAUAGGUGAAAUUAAUAGAACUGAACAGGCAGCAGAGGCACUGAAGAGCAAAGAUUUUACAUUAUUUGGAAAGUUGAUGUUGGAGAGCCAUGAGUCUUUAAGGUGUAUAAAGAUGCUGUUAAUGAAGUCAUAAACAAUACAAAAAAGAAGUACAAAGGAAAAGCAACAUUUUAUGUAGUCACCCCAUCUGCAGGAGCUACAGUUGUGAGAGGAAAGUAAUAUCAGUGAAACCAUAUACUGCCAUGACAGCUGUAGAAUUGUUAUAUUUGUGAGCACUUGUUUUGGGCUACAUAGUGUUGCACAUUUAGUCAUACAGCAAAACUAUUUCAGAUUUUGAAUAAUUGUAUGAAAACUAUUACUAGACUAAUUUUUAAUGUAAUUAGUACAACUGAUGAAGUCAUAUCUUGUGUGUUAAAUCUUAAGGUUGAAAAUAUGGGAUUAGGUGGUGUUUUACAAAAGGCACUAUGUUAUUGAUCAGUUAGAAGUGUUUCUCUCAAGGAGUUUGCCAUUUUGCUUAUUAAACUAUUACAAAUAUUUCUCUUCACUCUGCAACAAAGUGUACAUUAUAGGCCAUCUUAAAGCAAAUUAUAUGAUUUUCCAGACCAAUAAUUGAAUGUUUCAUAAACAAUGCUGAUACCCCUACACACACUCUCUCUCUCUCUCUCUCUCUCUCUCUCUCUCUCUCUCUCUCUCUCUCUCUCUCUCUGUUGUGUAUAACUGCAAUAUUGUACAGUCGCUUCAAAACCUAACACACAGAACCAAUAUUUAAAAAAAAAAAUCAGAGUUUCCUUCCUUUUUUUAGCAAUGGUUUACUUGAGCUCUUCAUUUUUCUGAGAGGGGUAAUCUAGUAAUUUCAUUAAAUUAAACAGAUGAGAUGUGGCAAUUGAACUAAUAAUCCAUAUUUUCUGUAUAUUUACUCAGGCUGAUGUCAAAUGAAGAAUAUAUUCUAAGGAUUAUGUAAAAUUAAUUUUCUCUAAUUAUAAAGCACAUCAACCUCACAAAAGAAGGAACUGCAUAGUGGAGAGAGGGAGCUGUGGUAUAGAUUGUAAACUGGUUAGAGUUUCAAACAUACCACAUUUACAUAUACCAUUUUGUGCAGAGAAGAAUGUGCAAGAGGAAAUGAUCGGAAUCAUAAAUACCAUUAGUGUAUUUUAGUCUGUCAUAUUUUACUCCUCCCUCUUACUGAUGGUGAAAGGCAGAACUUCUUUACUGAGAGAGAAAAAUAUAUAAAAUAUUUUGGAGCUGUUACCGUUGAGCAUUUUUGUUGUUUUUGGUAUUAUUACAAAUGUAGCAAGCCCUUAACUUUCUGUUAUUUUAGACUUCAUGGUGGAUAAGAGCUUAACAGUUCUAAGAAUCUUUUUUUUUUCCUGCCUUGGGCAAGAACCUACAUUCUUUUUUCCUGCACAUUCUUUUUGGAUAUCGCUAAAACUUAGCUAAACUUGAAGUAACAUUUGCUUUGCUGGGAAGCAUCUUCUUUACUCUGGCCCAUCUUUUUCAGAUGCUUACGUAUUGUUGACACCCAAGAAAUCUACAUGUGCCUUUUUCUUCUUGAUACAGUGAGACAAAUAUAGAAUUUCUGAAGCACAGAUAAAAAUCAUCUUGUUUAGGGGUUGAAUUAGUUGCGUAAGGCAUAUUAGAAAAGUAUAAUCUAUAUAUACAGCUGUUCAAUAAAAGUGACCGUACAGUAAUGUGAUGUACUGGAAUUCCCACUCCCCCAUCAAACCUCCCAAAUUACCCACUCCAUUAGGAGAU